ACAGAGCACCAGUGUGUAUAACGGCCUGGUUGGCUUUGCGUCUCCGUUGGUGACAGAGAGGGGCGGAAACUGUUCCAGCCCCACCUCUACAGCUCAGACCAGCUUCGCUGCAGCGGUGAGGUGCAGCGGUGUGAAGACUCAGACGGACUCAAUGUCCCAGAAUUCACGCAAGCUCCUCCCCCGUAACCUUGGCACCCCGGCGGACACCCCCCCCAGCGCUCAGACGAUGACCAGCAAGGGUCUGAAUCCCAGCCCCAAACGGGCUGUACGUGACCCCAAGACGGGACGAGCUGUCCAGGAGAGGAACUCGUACGCGGUGAGCGUGUGGAAGAGGGUGAAAGCCAAGCUGGAGGGGAGAGAUGUGGACCCCAACAGGAGGAUGAGUGUCACUGAGCAGGUGGACUGUGUGAUAAAGGAGGCCACCAAUGUGGACAACCUGUCCCAGCUGUACGAGGGCUGGACAGCCUGGGUGUGAAUGGUGUCUCCCUGUGGUGCAUCUCUUUGGUUCCAGCACACAACAGAGCCUCGCAGAGGGAGGGUCAGCCAUCCAACCCAACCUCCAGACCAGACACCCGGAUACGUACAUACCCUGUUACCCACCUGCCCUGUUCUGGCAGGGUUAGGGUUAGGUGUGUCUGUCUGGGCCUGGGGGGUGAAGGAAGGAGAGGAGGAGCCACUGGAGCAGCAGCACCCAACCGUGCCACACGCUGAUGGGGAAGGAGGGGGAGAUGGGGGGGGUCAAGAUACUCCCCCCACCCCGAUAUAACCUCCUAGGGGUCCACCAUGGAACCCCUACUCCCUUCCGUAGCAGCACUAGAGCUGUCUGUCUGCCUGGCUGAUUGGCUGGCUAAACCCAGUCCCACCCAACCUGCCACCUGGCAAUAGACCAAGCUAACACAACCAGCUAAAUGGUCACUCUGCAGUCUGUCUGCAGCCAGAUCUGACCACUCUGCUUGUCUGUACGGGUGGGGGGGUCUGUCUGGGACAGGAAGGGGAGCAGAGGAAUUGGUAGGGAAGGUAUGGUGAUAAGGCCCUCCCCCUCUACCCUAUGUUUUGAAUAACCUUUACCCUCCCCUAAUGAAAACCAACACCACCACCCUCCUUCACUGUUACCACCGAUGACAACCCCCCUUUAACAGCUGAGCUGGUUUACCCAGCAAUGCCGUUGGGUUUGGACCUCAUACAAAGGGGCAGGAGAAAGGGGAGGCUUUGCCAGGUGUGGUCUGCAGAGCUGAUUGGCUGCACCUGUUUUUAAACCAAUCUCCUCCCUGAUGGUACAGUGAUUCUGAUUGGCCAGCGACUGAGCUGCGACUGGGCAGGUGUGGAGUGGGGGGGGGGGGAAGGGAAGAAUCUGUUGGCUCAAUGGACUCCAUCCAAAGCCUGAGAGGGGAAAUGAUUUCAGGAAAUACAAUAGUGUAAUCAGACUCUUGUCUUUUUUCUUUUUUUUCUUCUCUAAAACAUUAAUUGUAAAACUGAAGAAAAAAAAAUACUUAUUUUACAAAGCUCUUUAGAAAUUGAGUAUCACACAAGUUUGACAUUAAAAAUGGAUUAUCAAGUGGAGAUGGGGGUAUUUGGGGAGAAAAUUCAGUCGUGUUUUGGGGAGAGGAUUCAGUCGUGUUUUGGGGAGAAGAUUCAGUCGUGUUUUGGGGAGAGGAUUCAGUCGUGUUUUGGGGAGAGGAUUCAGUCGUGUGGCGCUUUCUUUUUAUUGAUGUUUCGGCACUGCGUAACGAUGUGCCUCAAGUUAACUAAUCCUAUUGUCUGAAGUUACCUUUUUGUUGUUUUGAGGGGAGUUAAGAUUUCGGGAUUGACUGAGAAAGGAUGACAAAGUGGGCAAAGUUCUAGCUAGUUACUAUCUGAACCUUGGCCUAAGUCCCAAACAGCACCAUAUCCCCUAUACAGUGCAAUACUUUUGACCAGAGACAUAUAUGGGUCAAAGGUCAUGCCCUAAAUAGGGAAUAGGGUGCCAUUUGGAAUGCAAGUCUUGACCUGAGAGGAAUCCAUGUAUAAUCCUUUUUCUUCAAUGUGAAUCUUUAUUCAUAUCUGUUGUAAUUUGUAGGCUUCUCUCCUCCCUAUCCCUUGUUUAUAAAAUAGAAAAGCUUAAGACUAGACUGAUUCCUUUCUUUGACUUGCUGCCUUGCCUGUGAGUGAGUAGUAGUAGUAGUAGUAGUAGCCUUCCUUCCUAAUAUGGGAUGUAUACUCCCCUUGUGUUUUACUUAUCCUUACUAACUGACCCUCUAGUUUUACCUUUUUAGUGGGAGAAAUAAGUGGAAUAGUGGAUGUUUUUUGGUGGUCGUGCAAAACUGCUAUUUCUUAAAGGUUUUAUUGGAUUUAAGUUUGAAAUAAAAUUGCAAUUCAAAAUGGU